AUGCCGCAGAAGGAUCCGUGCCAGAAACAAGCCUGUGAGAUACAGAAAUGUUUACAAGCCAACAACUACAUGGAAUCUAAGUGUCAGGCUGUCAUCGAAGAACUGCGUAAGUGUUGUGCUCGAUAUCCCAAGGGAAGAUCUCUCAUCUGCUCAGGAUUUGAGAAGGAAGAGGAAGAAAAGCAGACACUGAAGCUCACACCACAGUAA